UCAUCAGGAGGUCGACGCUCAUCGAGUUAUUCGAGAGAUAAUUUCGAUUUUAGAGUUUUUGGUAGAUCACGCUCUAGUUCUCGAUACACAUCGAGACAGUCGUCUGUUUCUCGGUCAACAAAAUCGAGUCAAUCAUCGUGUAUCUGUGAGAUACCGGUUUCGAGGACAGAGAUGGACAGCGAGAUUAAAGAAUCAUCGGCGGUCGAGACGGCAGAAGUUCCCGAACAUGAAGUAGAGUUACAAGAGGAAAUUUUGAACGUGUUUGGGACGCGCCUCGAGGCAGAUAAGAAAACCGCUGCUGCGGUGCACAAGGACCUAGCUCUCCGGUGGUCGGAGGUUUUGAAAAAAGGUCUGCCGGAAGAGGAGGUCAACGCUCUGUUGAGGAAAUACCCACCGCCAGAAAAUUGCUUUUUUAUCGGGGUACCGAAACUAAACGCCGAAAUUAUGGUUUCAGUACAAGAAGGCGUUAUUAAAAGAGAUCACCGUAUUGUUGAGAAGCAAGAACGCAUCGCCGCAUGUCUAGCAGCGUUGGGUAAAGCGAUCUCGAUAUCAUUGAAGUUGGACAGUUCUCAGAAACUUGAGUUGCUGGAAAAAUUAAGCGAUAUGGGGAGACUUCUCGCAUCGGUGCACCAAGAGGAUUCUCUGGCUCGUAAAGGGCUUAUUCUAGCGAGUUUGAAUUCGUCCUUGAAGAACACUCUCUCCGACACUUCGGUCGAUGAGUGGCUUUUUGGUACGGAUUUAGAAGAAAAAAUAAAGACGGCUAAGAAUUUGGAACGAACAUCAAAGGAUUUGAGACCUGUAAGAAAACUUCCGCAACAGAGUAAUGCACAAAAGAAGACAAAAAACUGGAAGGGCCCGCCACGUCAACCGACGUUUAAUAAAUAUCUAACGACGUCGAGCGGGCGUCAUCAUGCAGCAUCCAACAAGACGGAGACAAAGAAGUCUGCAUACCGCAAAGGAUCGAGUCAUCAAUACAGGGGACGUCGUUAAUCUCAUCGGAAGAUGGAGGAACAUCCCUUGUGGCAACGGCUUACACUAAUUGCCGCCAAAUUAUCGGGGAAGCGUUCAUUAGGAGAAAGGUACCACUGGAAUCGGUCAAGAUAUUGACAGCCUCAUUAUCAGAAUCUUCGCUUCGCCAAUAUGAAUCGGGCCUAAGAAAAUGGUGGGAAUUUUGCGCGGGAGAAGAAAUUGACCCGUUUACAGGUUCCACAAGUGAGAUGUUGAAGUUUCUCACAGUGGAAUUUGACAAAGGA